AUGGAAACUACAGAUUAUUCUAAUAGUCAAAUAAUCUUGAAUAUGAAUCAUGGCAAUACAAGAAAAUAUUCUCAUAGUUAUCCACCAUCAUUUAUGAACAUUAAUGAUUCAAAAGAUUUUAAGAAUUCAUUCUCCGAUGUUGAAACCAAACGAACAUCAUUAUUCCCUGAAAUAAGGCGAAAGAGUCUAACGAAAGAUUAUCAAUGUGAUCAAAUAUAUAAUCAACUCAAUAAGGAUAUCAAAAAUCAUGUACAGAAGGAAAUAAGUUAUGGUGAAGAUAACAGUGAAACAAAUGUACCUUCAAGAGAUAGCUACCAUACACCUUUACAAUCGAAUGAUAGUUACAAUGAAUUUCCACAUCUACAAGAGUUUGAAAUAUCCUUAGAAGAAUAUAAUCUAGAUAAUAUUUCGAUCAUAUCUUAUGAAUCUGAUGAUAAUGAUGACGACGACGAUAAUGACAAUGCCAUGGUACCGGGAUUGUUCCCCAAAUUAGAUAUUAAUAAGAAUUUCCUUAAAUUUGAUAAGUUACCAUUAAAUCCUUCAUAUAUUGCACAUUGA